CCAUACCGCGGCAAACGCCAUGCGACCGCGGCAGGCCCGUCCUUACGUACGCACGUCUGCAUGUAUGUAGGUGGGUGGGUGUACGGGGCACGUUAGUAAAACAAAAACGACAGAGCGUGGCGCACCGUGCGUGCGGUGUGCCACCGCGCCUACAGGGCCGGCUCAGGCUCUCCAGCUGCAAAGCGCAACCCCGCCUCAACAUCCCCCGCUAUAAGCGGCACGGCAGUCUCUACCAGCUCCGUCUCGUACGCCGUGAGUGCACCCAUUGGCAGAAGUCGCGCCACGCCCUCCUCGCCAAGCUCCACACGUGA